GUUAGCAUUUCUUGUAUAAUUCAAGUUGAUGCUUGUAUUAUCAAUUUCCUUUUUAUAAGCAGAGUUUGUGUCCCAAUCAGAUAAAUAUAUAUGUAGGGUCCCAAUUAAACCUUUUCGCAUGUAACAUGUCAUUGGCUAAUAAUUCAUCGUAACGAAGAAGAAGAAGAAGUGUAUACAGUAAUCUGUGUCGUUAACUAUGACGGAACGUAAAUAUUCGAACCCCGAAUACUAUGAAAUGGUACGGUGUUACAUUUUAAGCAAAAGUAUACGUGGUGCGCAAAGAUUAUACGAAAGUGAGUCUUUACCGCGUUUGCAAAGACAAGGAAUUAACGCACGUAUACCCAAUCGGAAUACAAUUUUAACAGUUAACCAAAGGCUGUUAGAAUAUGGACAGUUCACCACUCCGUCACAUGCAAGUGCUCGAGGUUGUCAUUCAUCAAUAAGCGCGGAUGUAGAAAACGCAGUGAUCGAGUUUUUCGAGCGAAACCCCCGGGCUAGUACCAAUGAUGCAGCUCGAGAAUUCGGAGUUAGCCAGUACUACGUGUGGAAACUGUUGAAUUCUUCUGGAUAUCGUCCACAUCAUAACAAACGUGUGCAAGCACCGGAUAAUAUUGAUGCUCCAACUCGAAAAAAAUUUUGUGAAUGGUUGUUGUCUAAUAUUGACAAUACUAACAUUAUGUGGACUGGAGAAGCCCUAUUUACGCGUGUGGGGCUUCAUAAUAGCCGUAACGAACAUUAUUGGGCAGAAUGCAAACCACACGACAUAAAAGACUAUGAUGAUCAAGUGCCACUUAGUUCUAAUGUUUGGGCUGGGAUUAUUGGUAACAUAAUUGUGGGCCCCUACUUUAUUGAAAGACGAUUAACAGGUAAUAAUUAUUUGGACAUGUUACAAGGUGUUAUUUAUGAUUUCCUGGAUGAUUUACCCCUAGUGUUAUUGAAUAAUUUUUAUUUCCAACACGAUGGUGCUCCGCCUCAUUGUUCAAAUGCUGUGCGCAGUUAUUUAAAUAGUGAAUAUGAAGGUAGGUGGAUUGGGCGUGGCGGUCCUAUACCAUGGCCUGCAAGGUCACAGGACCUUACACCAUUACACUUUUAUUUGUGGGGUGAAAUAAAGAGACGUGUUUAUGUCGAAGAGGCCCAAAGUGAUGAAGACCUUCGUAGCAAAAUAAUUGCUGCAUUCAUGGAAGUGAAAAGUGCUCAGACACAAUUAAUUAAUGUAAAAAAUAAUUUAAAAAAACGUGCUCAACUAUGCAUUGAGAGAAACGGACUCAAUUUUGAACACCUAUUAAAAUACCAAUAAAUUAGUGUAUUUUAUAUUUAAGAGUUAUUGUGUAUUUAAGUUGUAAAUAGUUCAGUAUUAAAAAGUAAUUUUGAUUAUUAUUUUGUCAGCCAUUCAAGUCCACCGUUGAACAUAGUCCACCCCCAGGGAACACCAAAAGUACAGUCCUUAGCCACCUGCAUCCAUCGACUUUCUGCAUCUCUUACCAGAUCUACAUUCCAUCUAGUAUGGGCCACCCAACACUUCACUUACAGGUAUGAGGUUGUGACUCAAGAACCUUUCUUCCCCAUUGCUUCUCAAUUUUUCGAACUAUAUAGAUAAAUGACUACCGUGGUGGGUCUAGUCAUAAAUGUCGUAAAUGUCGUAAAGUCGUAAAUGCGAUUGCUGGUCAUGAGGUCAAAUUCUGGGUCGGACCAAAAUUUGUUAUUCAGAUUUUGUGAUAUAUAAAGUUAUUGUUUACAUUGCUUUACAUUCAAGGGUGGUCUCACAAAAAUAAAGUAAGAUAUAAUUUAAAUGUAUACAUAAAUAAUUUGACAUGUAAUAAUAAUGUAAAUUUGGCAUUUAUGUAAUUGUAAUAAUUAUAAUAAUAGAAUUCACUUGAUAGACAUAAAUAAUUUAAUUAAGAAUUGUUCGACUAAUGAUAGGUGGUACCUAUCUAAAUUUAUUUUAAAACUUAUAGCAAAUGGGCUAUCUUAUUAUUAUAUUUUAACCCUUUAUAAGGCAGAGAGAACCAGAAAAGGUUCGAAAAUGAAAUUUUAGUAUGUUGUUAAGGAUACACAUAUAAGCAUUUUUGCAAGUUUUUCAAGCAGUAGAGUGGCAUAAUUUAAGUAAAUUAAAGACAAUGUAGUUUGUUACAAUAUACUUAUUUACUUAAAAUCACAAAUAUUAUUUAAAAGGAACAAUAGAUGUCUUCAAAUGAUAUAUAUUCAGUUAGAAAGUUUACUUAAUAUAGGAAUGCUUUUCUCUUACUCUAUACUUCUUAUAAUUAGGUUUAUUUUUUGAUAUUAAUCAACUUUGGCUCUUAUAAUUACUUGAAUACAUUGUGCUCAAAAUUACAAAAACUGAAUUUAUUUUUAGGGCCUCUGAUGAAAUUGACUGAAACAGGGUAAGCACAAAGAAAUACCUUGCAUGUCGUGCAGGAGAAAUAGGUUUUUUGUUAUUUGUCUUAGUACUGCACAAACCACACCUGUGCCGCGUGUUAUACUUGUCAAUCAGGUGUAUUCCGACAUCUUUGUAUCGGAUAUCAUCAGGAACUCCUACAGGUUUCUGAUAGUGAGGACUGACCGCGAUGCGAUUCUUCUUGGCGACAAAAUUAGGUCCGCUACCUAAGCUCCUUUUUCUCGACGAGUAAUCUCUGAUAAGUGACCUGGCUAACAUUACGCGAUAUUGCAAAUUUGUCAGCUUUACUGGAUUUCUACUCAAAGUCAAGCACAAUAUGUAUGCGUUAGUGAUAGCUAAGUCAAUCAAGAAAUAAAGAAUUCGACACCACCAACGUCUUUCGGCGAUCAACUUCAUAGGAACCACGUUUUUAGUCAAACCUUUCCAUCCCUCCCAUCCUCUUUAUGUAUUCAGUCACAGUCUGAGGGCAGGGGAUUUUUUUAUUGGAACCAUCUUUCAUAGUUCUUUGACACUUGGUUUUUUGGUUAGAGUGAAAUGCUGUAUUUAAAAAAUGCACAUUUUUCGUGUCUUUCCAAACCAUGAAUGCUACGUCAUUUUUCACUCUCCAUAUAUAUUGUCCUCUUGUAAGUUUUAGUUUCUCUUUCCUUUCUUUUUAUCAUUUUUAAUGGGUUUCAUAAACUUUGGUAAAUCCGCUCUGUUCAAAGGAGAAUGCCAGAUUCUCUAUAGAAUUUUGCCCCACUCAAAAGUGUGAUGGACACGAAUGUCGUAUACAACAUUUUUUUUUACUUUAUUACUUCAUCCUAAUUAUAUAAUUUGAGGUCUCUAGAACUUGCGAUUUUUUUUUUUAAACUGGACUUUAAUAAUUACUUUUACCUUAUUUUUUAGAACAGCAUUCGUUGCAGUGCAUUGUAAUUUCGGGAUAUAAAUUGUCAGACGCUAAUGAUAUAUAUAAAUAAGAAUUUAAGGAGCAUAAUAAUAUAAUGAUCAGUAAUAUUGGAAAAAGGGUUCUCUUGUAUAGGAUCUAAGAAGUCCUUACACAGACAUUUAAGUAGUAGUAGUAAUAGACCGGACAUCAGUAGCAAAAUUGUCGUCUGUAACUUAUGUCCUAUCACAGAUGACAGUAUACCAUAGAUAAAUAUAUAUGUAGCAAGCUACUGUUGUAUACCAGUCUACGACAGAUAGGACAGUGGUAUGGUUGACGAUUAGUUCCAAAAAUAUAAUUGACGUUUCUGUAGUUGAUGGCUCUGAUCCUACCAAAAAAAUUCUCGAGAGGAUCCUGAUUUACAUUUCUAGGAUAAAAAUAUUGUAUGUCAUAUUUUUCGAACAACAGUUUAGACAAUCUUUUAAAACUUUCUAUUGUUGUAACCCAUCCAUUAAGAGAAGGAACUCGAACCUUAUAGGUUUUGUUAUUUUUGCAGGCUUUCUUGCUACUUUUGUCAAUGAACUGAAUAUUUUUUAAUAUUUGUUUUGCUUCAGUCCAAAAAUUAUAGAUUUGAUGGGCGUUCGGCUUUAUUGGACCACACAGUUUGCCCUGGAUAGUGCUCCCUCGAGAUCCGUUCAUACUAUCAAAGAGCUUAUCAAUAAAUUCUACAGCUUCACUUGUUGUGGCCAUUGUCUCACUGACUUUUUCACCCAAGGUUGUAGUUUCUGAAAUAUUACAUAAUUGUAUAUAAGUAUUACACAUAAAGAAACAAAACAACAAACAAAAACAACAAAGUGUUUCUAUCCUAUCAUUACAUUAAAUUGAAUCAAACAUUCUUAUCAGUCUUAAAGGCUAGAUUGUAAAUAAAUUAUUAAGAACCUAAUUCUUUUUAUAAAGAUUAAAUAUAAGGUGUUUCUUUUGUUGGAGACUAAAUAAAUAAAUAAAACUGCAGUGAAGUGAGUGAAUGAUUAAGAGGAUUAUUAUUUAAUUAAGACUAGCUGUUUAUAACAUCAGCUAUCUGACAGUGAAAGUCCUGUCAAAUCGGUCCAGAUGUUUUGGAGAUCAGCGGGAAUGAGUAGAAAGAUGGACAAAAAAUUUGAAAAUUGUUUUUUGUUAUAAUUACGGUAUUAACUUUCGUAUGCAUUUAGUAAAAAGACGUUAUUUCGUCAUAACAAACAGACACCCACCUCAAUUUGAUUUUUUGUAUAGAUUAUAGAUUACUUGAUAAUACAUAUUGAUAACAAAGUAAAAACGUACUGAACAAUGCAGUGUAUUUUAGCAUUCCACUGGUGGUUGUACUCAGAGUUAGGGCUGCUACACUAACUUUCAUCUUUUUCAUUUUUGCAGCGUAAACAUGGUGUUCUGUUAGCUUUUUAUGGAUUCUAGUAUGAUCUAGUUGGCAAUCAAAGUCAAAUACAGUUUCUAUGUCCUUCCAAGUUGCAACUUUGCCUUUGAAAAGCAUGUCUUUUGUAAGGAAGUUGUUUCUAAGGCCCUUAAGUAAGUGCGACGGAUCAAAUACCACACUUAACUGUUAUGUAUCUAAAGUUUAGCUAGUAUUUUAUACAGUUAAACAUAAAUAUUGAUGAAAAAUUGAAAAGAAAAGAAGAGGUUUAUGAACUUAUAUCUACAUAUGAUGAAUAUCGACAAAUUUACACAGAUGGUUCAAAAGUUGAAAAUAAAGUAGCCUGUGCAUUUUACAUACCUCAUCUGAAAACUGGACGUGGCCUUUCCAUUCCUGCAUUAGCAAGCAAUGUGCAGACUUAGAUUUGGCCACUAUCGACUGAACGCUCAUCUUUCCAGGAUGAGAAUAGUAGCAUCUGCAACAUGCAAUUUCUGCGAUACAGAAGCAGAUCAGACUGCAGAACAUAUAAUAUUUAACUGCCCAGCGUACGCCAUAGAAAAAUUGCUACUCAUUGAAAAACUUAUACAAGUUUAUGAAAACUCAGAAAGCGUCCUGCGUGCCCUGCAAGAUGUUCUUAGGAAUACGAAAACAUAUUUAGCACUUUGCAAUUUUAUUCAUAAUACUGUAAAAGAAAUAUGAAAUAUGGUAUCCCUGUUUUUGAAAAUAUUGGAUUGACAAAUCUACAUGGAUUGAAACCUACAAAGAGUAUAAUAUAAAGAAGACUUGGCUUUAGCCUUUACGGGUUUUUGAAAAUAUGAAGAAUUAAAGAAAAUAAGACUUGACUACGGCCUUUAUGGAUUUUGAAGAGAUGGAAAGAAGAAAAAUAAGACUUGGUUCCGGCCUUUAUACUCUAAAAUUCUAUAUAUUCAAAAUAAAAAAGACAAGGCUGUAUGGCUUAGUUCCUUUGCCUGCUCUCUCGAGCGAAUAAUAAAAACAACAACAACAACCAAGUUAGAUUACUGUAUAUAUUGGAUAACUUUAUAAAUAUGAUAAGUAACGAGUAAUUAAAAAUAAAUAGGAGCCAAGUUUUAAAACAUAAUUCUAACUAUGGAAUGGUUAGGCUCAACAAUUUUAAAAACGUUUUGGAGGCCAAGUGUUAAUGUAGUAAGAACGAGGUACCAUGCUGAUAAAACUAGACUUGUAAGACGGCAUGGAUAUGAAGAGAAAAUUUGGUGUGGGGGCUUAUUACCUCGAACAGUGGGAAAACCAUUACCAAUUCCUGAGUACAGACCUGCAAAUGUGUGGACUGAACGUAAAGCAUUAUUUGGUCAAAAUGACUACAUUGAUAUUUUAGGACCUGGCAAUCUUCAUCCAGUUAAAACACUUUAUAAUGUGCCUACGUGGAUAAGAGGAGUUAGUGGACAUGAGUAUCAUAUUCUCCUUAGAAAGAAGAAAAUGUUUGCUAAAACUGGUUCACCAAAGAUAAGACCAACCAAGUGGAAGGAACUAGAAAAACGUUUAUCAUUUUUGUACAGAAAACUUAAUAGAAAGACUAAAACUGGUCCAUCUCCAGAUUGAAUUUUUGUGUUGCAUUAAGAAUUUAUAGAAAAAUGUAGAUUAUGUAAACAAUAUGAAUAACACUGUUAUUAAAUAUUAUGUUU